UCCCGACCGCGGCCGCCGGCCUCCGCCUCGCCCCCGUCAGUGCCGCGGUGAUGCUGGUGCGUUCCCGGCGGAGGGGCAGCGAUGAGCUACCUUAAGAUAAAUACGCGAGACAGACGCCCCUUGGCCGCUGGAAUAUCUCUGCCUGGCCUUAUAUAAAGAAACGCCGCCGGCCGCCGAGCUCCGGGCAAACAGAGCGCCCGGCGGGAGCACCAGCACCGCCGCCAGCGGCAGCAAGGGCACCGGGAGGGCUCCGCUCCCUCCUCCUCCGCCGCCACUUCCCAGGUGGGACCCUCUCCUGAUAUGUGAUCUGCAGCGAGCAACCCUGAAUCAUACGAUGACAAUGUUAUCACUGCCACAUCUCUGGGAACCAGUUAUUCAUAAGUAUACGUCUCUUCCGGGCUUAGUGCUUUUGGUACAGCUGUGAUGGGAAGGACAAGGUCAGCUCUUUGUGAACUCUAGCUCAGAAGUCUCUCCGCUCCUUCUCCUGGCAACCGGGGAACGAAAUGACAGAUGUGGAUGCUCUCGGUGGCCCUCUCCGCAGAGCCUGCGGUUUCAAAGCCUCGCGCUGCUCGUACGCGUUUCGGUGCCCACCGUUGCUUUUCACCCAGGUGAUGACGCGGUGCGUCUCGUGCGGGAUGAUGAGACUUGAAAACUUUCGGAGGGAAGAGGGGAGCUUCAUUGUAACUCGCCUGCCUGUCUCCUCCUCCCCAUGCACUACCCCAGCGGUCGCAGUUAAUGAAUGAAACCAGACUUCCUGUACGAGCUGCUUAACCAAAGUCUGCGUGUUUGUUGACACAGUGCUUAUGUAAAGCUGCCUUCAAGAGCAAUGUAUGUGCUGCUGUGGCACGGAUGCCCUCGCUCCGUGGGAUGCAGGUUACCUACAUACCUUUCCAUACCCUGCAGACAGAUGCCCGAUGCAACGAUUGUCUACUUAAGAAGCUGAGAGUGAGCUAGAAACAUUGAUGAAGCCUCUAUGCUGUGAGAUAAAUUUCCCCAGCUGCCAGUUUCUGCUUACCUGCAUGAACAAAAGGGGACAGAGUGCUGGGGCACACGCUGAAGAUCUCAGAUGUUGGACAAGUAUUGCCUUUGCGUGGGGCUGCAAAGGUUGAAGAUGACACUCUGCCCAUGGAUCAUCAUUGCUAAUUAGCUGAAAAUUACUACUCUACCACUCUACUUGUUGAAAGAGUCGCACAAGGGCUCUGUUUCUUACUGCAGGCAAAGCCAUCUGGAUUGGCUUCAGUGGCUACUGAAGGUCAGCGGAGUGCUCAGACUGACUGAAAUAGGAAGAUGAGCUUCUGGCCAGCAAGAGGUGACAGUGGAGACAGGAGCACCUUCAAAUGGGGACAGGAGCUAGAGGAAGAAGAGGACUUCUGUCAUGGGUCCUAGCCAGCAGUAGUUUUCCUUUAAAUGAGGCAUGCUGGGGUAGAUCAGAUAGCUCAAUAUUGUGUAUUUUCCUCCAUGAUGCUGUGCAGAAUUGGUUGAAAUCCAUAAGCAAAAGUAUACCAGAACCUGUCACGUAACUGUAUUUGCAGGAGCUUUCCACCAUCCUCCAAAACCUAGCCUUUUCUCUGAGAUGAUUCUCCAGGCUGUUGACUACAUUUUUGAGAGCCGCAGUGUCCUCGGCAAUGAUUGCGUCAGGACCAUCAGUUGUUAUUUCUAGGUCCUCAAUUUUCUUUUCAGCCUCCUGCUGUUUUAAUCCCAAACCUUCAAGCUUCCUGUCCAUGGAAACCAUAGUAGCCUGGAUUAAGUCCAACCUUCCAGAAAUACGUACUGCAUGCCUUGUAAAGAAAUUAAAUAAUACUGGAUGGGCAAGGACCACAGCUCUAGACAUGCCAAAGCAAAGGCAGGUGGAGGAGAGUGUGAACAGCCAUAUUCGCUGGAGUGCUGAACCGAAUUGCCUUGACUGGAACCAUUAUUCACUUGCACCUUUGACGGCAGCAGCCAGAAAAUCUGAAGACAGUCAUGCCUAUUAGAUGUCUAGAAGAUGCAGAUACCUGUGUCACCAUGGAGGAGAUGAAGAGAACCUUGCUCUAGUAGAUCAUAAAUAUCUCUGUGUCAUUCUGCAUCUCAGUGUUUAAUAACAAUGGAAAAUGUCCAAAUGCUAUAACAAGUCUUUGCAAAUGUAUAAUAAACUGUUUAGGAAAGUUCAUGCCAUGAACAGGACUGUAUAAUAAUCACAUUAGUGUACAGACACAAAUCUAAUGCCUAUAGACUACUGCGUGGAAAGUUCCAAAGAGAAAGAAAAGUCUGUGAACUUGCAACAGCCCUGGAAAAAUGGGAGCAACAAAACUUUAAAAAGCACAGCUUUGGACACACUCCAUGAGUCUGCACAGCUUUCAAGUGAACUAGCACUUAAGACCUUGUGUAACAAAAUGGACUCUGGGGACACAGCUAUAGGGCAAAAAGCUACCUCAAGGUCUGGAGAAACUGCUAAAGUACCAACUAGAUGGAGGCAAGAACAUUCAGCUGUUAUUAAGAUGAGCACUUUUGGCAAUCAAGAAGUACAGAGGCAACCACAAAUAGAUCACGAGCAAAUUGGAAACACAGCAUCAGCACAACUUUUUAGUUCUGGGAAACUGGUAUCAUCAAAUGAGGCUGCACAGCAAGUCACAGAGAAGCAAUAUCCACAGCAUCGUCCAACUCCUUACUCAUGUCAACAUUCACUUUCUUUCCCACAGCAUUCAUUGCCACAAGGCUUCUUGCACAACAUAAAGCCACAUCAGAGCUUGGAAGGCCCUCCUUGGCAGUUUCCUAGCCACUUGCAAUCAGUUGCCUCAGAGGACUUGUUUCCUUUUCAUAUGCAUAGCCAUAGUGGAGGUUUCUCCAGGAAGAAGAUUUCAAGUUUGAACCCUGCGUACAGCCAAUAUUCACAGAAAUCUUUAGAACAAUCAGAAGAUGCUCACAAAAAGGAGCACAAACCCAAAAAGCCUGGCAAAUACAUUUGUCCUUACUGUAAUCGGGCUUGUGCCAAACCUAGUGUACUUAAAAAGCAUAUUAGGUCUCAUACUGGGGAGCGACCGUACCCUUGUGUUCCUUGUGGUUUCUCCUUCAAGACAAAAAGCAACCUCUACAAGCACAGGAAGUCACAUGCCCAUGCAAUUAAAGCAGGACUGGUACCUUUCACAGAGUCAGCAGUCUCCAAAUUGGACCUAGAUGCCAGUUACAUUGAUGUGGAAGCUGAAAUACAUUCAGAUGGUGAGCAGAGCACAGACACUGAUGAGGAGAGCUCACUGCUUGUGGAGGGGUCUGACAAAAUGAGCCCUGUUCCGCAGCUCCCCCUGGACAUUGCUAGCAGAGGCAAUUUUCACUCCUCCAUGGAAGAGUCCUUGGUGGGGCCAAUGAAAGUGCCCAUUUUGAUUAUCCCUAAAAGUGGAAUUCAGUUACCCAGUGAGAGUUCACCCUAUAUUGGCUCUGAUAUGUUGCAAAACCCAUCCUUAAGUACUAAGUCUGAUGACUCUCACACAGUUAAACAGCGACUUGCACUAAGACUCUCAGAGAAAAAAGGGCAAGAUUCUGAGCAGUCAUUAAACCUCCUGAGCCCACACAGUAAAGGAAGCACUGACUCUGGUUACUUUUCCCGCUCAGAAAGUGCUGAGCAGCAAAUAAGCCCACCAAAUACUAAUGCAAAGUCUUAUGAAGAGAUCAUCUUUGGGAAGUUUUAUAGGAUUAAUCAAAGGACAGCACUAACAGUAGCCACAACAAAUCAGGAACACAGUUUAAUGGGUAGAAAGGGCAAAGCGGAGCCAUUACCUCUCUUAAAUAACAGAUUGGAUAUCAAGAUGCUUGAGGAACAUAUUUCUCAGCUUACUCCAGGUAAAGAAGAACUUAUUGACUCCAGUAAUUUGAGCACUAUUAAAUCUACACAAGUUUAUCCAGGCAGCAGUACAGAAUCUAGACAAUCCCCAAGCGCAUCAUCCAUCAAAAGUGAAUCCAACUUGUAUCAAGCCAGUCAGCAGGGUGAGGUGCCUGUCCUUCUAGAGCCCCCAGUAGAUUCUUCUCCUCUUAUUAGAAGCAACUCCAUGCCAACCUCUUCUGCAAACAGCCUAAGUAUUCCCCCAUCUCUGAGAGGAAGCCACUCAUUUGAUGAGAAGAUGACUGGCUCAGAUGAUGUAUUUUACCCUGGCACAGUGGGAAUAUCCCACCAAAGGAUGCUGAGAAGGCAGGCUGCCUUUGAACUGCCCUCUGUGCAGGAGGGGCACUCAGAUUCAGACUAUCAUGGAAGACCAGGGAAAAAUAUCAUUAUUGCUUCCAACAGACAACCAGCAGGUGACAAAGGACCAUCAUCAAAAGAGAAGAAAGCAGGGGACAAGACCUUUUAUGACUAUGAUGCCAGUGGAAAGCACUACAGAAAAUGGGAAGAAUUUGAAGCUCAGAAGCAAAACUACAGGGACUCGCCAUCCUUAGGUGGAACAAACAAGGGGGGAGAGUACUUCAUUGAUCCACUUGGACAGUCUCAGGCAGUGCCAUCCAUGCUUGGAACAACUUUUGAAAACAGAAAGCGCAGGAAAGAGGAGAGUGUUGGAGAUGAGGAGGACAGUCCCAUGCUUUGCAGCAGUACAACUGGCACCACUGGAGGAAUUCAGCCUUUGGACUUUGAUCCCAAAUCCCAAAUUCAGGACGUGCCAAGGAGUGGAUUUUCCCUUCAAGGUCUGGACAAUUCUGCCCAUUGCCAUGCAGAGCGUUUUGAAAUGUGCAGGCCUUACUUGCAGUCUGGAAGUCCUGCAGCUUCUCUGGAAGACUCAUCCUUAAUUGCAGAGCAAGAAAAGAGUGCAGAAUCACUAACUAGAAAGCUCCCUGGAAAUGUCAUCUCUGUCAUUCAGCACACAAAUUCAUUGAGCAGGCCAAACUCAUUUGAAAGGUCUGAAUCUACAGAACAUGUUGUAUGCCAGCAGGAUAAGAUCUAUUCACCAUCUGAAACAUGUGAGAGUGAGAUUUCUGAGUCCCCCAUGAGCCCAGACCGAGCUCCACAAACAGAAAAUGCUGACACCGGUAAGCCAUCUCCAUCCCAGCAACCUCAGCCAUAUCAUAUGCAGCCCAGAUUGGUUCGCCAGCACAACAUACAGGUACCUGAAAUUCGUGUCACAGAGGAGCCAGAUAAGCCUGAAAAAGAAAAAGAAGUGCAGAACAAAGAACAGGAGAGACCCACAGAAGAAUUCCAGUGGCCCCAGAGAAGUGAAACCCUUUCUCAGCUUCCAGCCGAAAAGCUACCACCCAAAAAGAAGCGUUUACGACUGGCUGACAUGGAGCACUCCUCUGGAGAGUCUAGCUUUGAGUCCACAGGUACAAGCCUCUCUCGCAGCCCUAGCCAAGAAAGUAAUUUGUCCCACAGUUCAAGUUUUUCAAUGUCCUUUGAAAGAGAAGAAACAAUGAAGUUCAUCACACCUCCCAAACAAGAUGAGUUUGGAAAACAGUCCGAGUUUUUAACAGUUCCAGCUGGUGCUUACUCACUUUCCGUCCCUGGGCAUCACCAUCAGAGGGAAAUGAGACGCUGCUCAUCUGAACAGAUGCCCUGUCCUCACGCUGCUGAAAUCCCAGAGAUCCGAAGUAAAUCCUUUGAUUAUGGGAACCUGUCUCAUGCCUCUUCAGCUGGGACACCUACUACUGCACUAUCUCCAUCACGAGAAAGGAAGAAAUGCUUCUUGGUUCGCCAGGCUUCCUUUAGUGGUUUUCCAGAGAUUUCCCAGACUGAUCAGAGCACAGAACAAAGUAUAAAGCAGGAACAGAUGGAACACGCACAGGCUGGUCUCCGCUCCUCCCAGCUUGCCUGGCAUCACUCCCCUUCCUCUGUACUUCAGCCCAUUCAGGUAGAUGAGUCUGGAAAACAGGCUGUUGGUUCUUGUGCUCAGCUUAGUAAUAGCUCAUCCCACCUUGCCCAGCAACAGGCUCUUCUUGCAGAUAGUCCAGAAAUGUUAAGGACUCCCUUGAUCCAACAAGCACCUUAUAUUUCCAACAAACAUCCAUCAGAGCAGCAGCAGCAGCUAUUUGCACAUCAGGAUAAGGUCCCAUUUCCCCCUAUUCAUAACACCUUAUUUCAGUUCCCAUAUCCAACUGUCUGCAUGGUUCACUUACCACCAUCUCAGCAGCCGGUCCUGUGGCAGUCAUGCACAGAACCUCUACACUUCCAGCAUCAUUUUGUACAACAGCUGCAGAAAUCUUAUGUCAAGCCACCUUUCCAAACAGACGUUCCUCCAAGUUAUCACCUGGAACAUAAUUCAGAGUUUAUUGGAAAGAAACCAGCUGAUUAUGUACAUGCUAAAGAGCAAGCAUACCAGCAUUACUCAGGAACAUCUGGGCAGUAUUCAAAAAAUACUCUUGCGAAGUACCAGUCAGACCAUAGCAUUAAACUGACAGAUACCUCCUCUGAGCAGCAUCUUCAGACAGAGUUUGACUCCCCAUCUGACGGAUCUGUACAGUCUUUGCCAGGAACAGUUGUUCCCGUCAGGAUUCAAACCCAUGUGCCAUCAUAUGGUAGUGUCAUGUAUACAAGCAUUUCCCAGAUCCUUGGACAAAGCAACAGUCCCGCAAUUGUAAUUUGUAAAGUUGAUGAAACUGUUUCUCAACGAACAUUGGCAACUAAUGCAACAAUGCAUGGAAUUGGAUUUAACAUAGCUCAGAUGUUAGGUCAGCAUGGAGGGCUAGAAAAAUAUCCUUUGUGGAAAGUGCCGCAGACACUAUCACUUGGACUGGAGCCCUCAAUUCCCCUCUGUUUGACUUCCAGUUCUGACAUGGCUUCUACCUUGGGAGGAGGCAAACGAAUGCUUUCACCUGCCAGUAGCUUGGAGCUCUUCAUGGAGACCAAGCAACAGAAACGAGUCAAAGAAGAAAAAAUGUAUGGGCAGAUAGUUGAGGAGCUAAGUGCCGUUGAGUUAACUAACUCAGAUAUAAAGAAAGAUUUUCCAAGAAUGCAGAAGCCUCAACUGGUAAGGCAGAGCUGUACUACUGAGCCAAAAGAAAGUCUGCCAUCCAUGUCAUCCUCUUCACCACUGUCAUCCUCAUCAUCUCAAGAUUACCCACCUGUCAGCAUGCCGACAGCUGAUGCUUUCCCACUAAGCAGGGAGAAACUUUCAAGUUUUGAUUCCACAUCACCAGGGCAAAAGUCCAGUGGCCCUUCUGAAGGAAGAGACUCGCCAGAAGAACUGGAUGUGGAUGAAACAGCCUCAGAUAUGAGCAUGAGUCCACAGAGGUCUUCAUUGCCACCAGGAGAAAUUCAGCCAGAAGACCAACUGAAACAUCAGAAAAUGCCUCUUGGGAUGCUAGUCCAGAUGGCAUCCAAUAACAGUGGGAAAGUCACAGGUUCUACCAUUCUCCUGACAGACGUAGCAGAUUUUCAGCAGAUCCUUCAGUUCCCAAGUCUUCGCACUACUACAACUGUGAGCUGGUGUUUCUUAAACUAUACAAAACCCAAUUACAUUCAGCAACCAACCCUCAAAUCUUCUGUUUACGCUUCAUGGUGUAUAAGUUCAUGUAACCCAAACCCAUCUGGGCUAAGUACAAAGACCACUUUAGCACUUCUAAGGUCCAAGCAAAAAAACACCACGGAAAUCUACACUCUGGCUGCUAUGCAUAGACCUGGAGCUGGUAAACUGACAUCAUCAAGUGCAUGGAAGCAAUUUUCUCAGAUGAAACACGAGCCAUUCUUCUUGUUUGGCAGCAAGCUUGAAAAGAAAGUAGUGGGGAAUAUUAUAAAAGAAAGAGUAAAAGGAGACAUUCAUGGAGAUAAAGACAUUACAUCCAAACAAACUGAGCCGAUACGAAUUAAAAUCUUUGAAGGAGGGUAUAAAUCAAAUGAGGAUUAUGUCUAUGUCAGAGGUCGUGGCCGAGGAAAGUACAUUUGUGAAGAAUGUGGAAUUCGCUGCAAAAAGCCAAGCAUGCUCAAAAAACAUAUCCGCACUCAUACUGAUGUCCGGCCUUAUGUAUGCAAGUUGUGCAAUUUUGCCUUCAAAACUAAAGGAAAUCUGACAAAACAUAUGAAGUCUAAAGCACACAUGAAAAAAUGCCUGGAGCUUGGAGUAUCAAUGACAUCUGUAGAUGAUGCUGAAACUGAAGAAGCAGAAAACAUGGAGGACAUGCAGCAGGAGGCAGAGAAGAGUAGCAACUUGGCAGGCCUGUCAGCAGAGCAUCAGUUUUCUGAUGCAGAGGAGUCAGAUGGUGAGGAUGGUGAUGACAAUGAUGAAGAUGAUGAAGAUGAGGAUGACUUUGAUGAUACUCAGGGAGACUCAACACCAAAAACCAGAUCAAGAAGCACCAGCCCGCAGCCCCCUCGGUUCUCCUCCCUGUCGGUGAACUCGGCUGGGGCAUCACAGGGGGCUUCCCCUGAGGGCUCUCUUUCCAUGGGACACUCCUCCCUCAUCAGUUAUUUGGUCACCUUACCUAGCAUUCAGGUUACUCAGCUUAUAACACCAAGCGACUCCUGUGAAGACUCACAGAUGACAGAAUAUCAGAGGUUUUUCCAGAGUAAGAGCACUGAUUCAGAGCCCGACAAAGACAGGUUAGACAUACCUAGCUGCAUGGAUGAGGAUUAUGUGCUUUCGUUAGACCCUGGUUCAUCUCCGAGGGACCUCUCACCUUCCAGUCGGCAGUCAUCCCCUGGCUAUGAUUCUUCACCGUAUAGAGAUAACUCACCAAAGAGGUAUUUAAUGCCAAAAGGGGAUUUAUCACCCAGAAGGCAUCUGUCACCCCGGAGAGAUAUUUCACCCAUGAGGCACCUUUCCCCGCGGAAGGAGGCUGUGCUGAGGAGAGAGUUAUCACCGAGACGGGACAUUUCACCGAGACGUCACCUAUCACCACGGAGACCAAUGUCACCAGGGAAAGAUGCGUCUGUUAGAAGAGAUUUGUCUCCUAGGCGAGAGAGGAGAUACAUGGCCUCGGUUAGAGCGGCAUCUCCCAGGAGGGGCUUAUACCAUAAUCCAGCGUUGUCCAUGGGUCAAUAUUUACAGUCUGAAUCUAUUCCAGUGGGGCAUUCAAGGAGGGGAUUGUCUCAGGGGCCUUACUUCAGCUUAUAUGGAGAAAAAGGAGCUAUGGAGCACCACGGGUCUAGCCCAUUCCCUGAAGGUCCGAAUGACUACGUCUUCAGUCACCUUCCACUACACUCCCAGCAACAAAUCCGAGCACCCAUCCCCAUGAUGCCUAUUGGGGGUAUUCAGAUGGUCCAUUCAGUACCUGUGGCCCUUUCAGGUUUACAUCCUCCGUCCACUCUUGCCCUGCAGAGGGAGGGCUCUGAGGAGAAGCAAAGAGGACCUGCAGAAAUCCUCACGAAAGAGUCAUACGGUGUUUCUAAGCACCACGAGAAGCGUACCUCUCUGCACAGCUUGCACCCGACCGCUCCCUCCAGUGCACCCUCCUCUCCGUUGCUGUUGCUGACACAGAGCACUUCAGAGGACAGUGUAAUAGCGACAGAGGGGGAGCAGGAGGAGAACAUACAGACUUGUACGAAAGCCAUAGCCUCUCUGCGAAUCGCCACAGAAGAAGCUGCUCUGCAUGGGGCGGAGCACCCACAGAGGCCUUCUGAGCCUCACCAGAAACCCUCAGAAAGUGCACAUUUUAGCAUUAAACACUUUAGUGGAUCUGAGCCGGGCCAGACCUGUGCCUCAGCCACCCAUCCUGACUUGCACGGUGGUGAACAGGACAGUUUUGGUACAUCACAGACUGCGCUAGCCCAUCCCACCUUUUACAACAAGAGCUUUGUGGACGUCCGACAGAUGGGCUUUCACAGCAGGAAUGAGCCCCCAUCAAGCACACAGGAAAGAAAAGAUCCGUCGUCUGAGAAGAGCAAGCCACAUUGAUCUGAGAUGCAUGGCGACUUUCACCCAUACAUUUACCCCACUUUUUUUUCUAGAGAUAGAAGAAGUAUCCAACUUUACAGCAUGCCUGUUCUAAGUUACAGUAGUUUGCUAUUAUAUAUACUUUUGUUAUAUCAAAAGAAUUAGAUAAAAUAACAAGUCAUCAUGAGCCUGACCAAAAUUAAAUUUGAAAUUCUUAUUGGGUCUGGUACUUUUAAAUUGUACAGAUGUUUGUGCCUUUUCUUUACUUUGCUUAUAUUCUUAUAAGCAUUUUUUUAGCAGUAAUUUGUACAUAUUUUAGAAUUUGUGUAUCUGCUUUGUAAUAAAUGUAAUUUCUUUCCUUUUUUGGACACUUGGAUCUAAAUGAUGUAAAGCAAAACAGCAUCAAUAUAUGUGAGGUUGCACUAAAACAUAUUUUUAUAUGAUUAAAACUGAACAGCUUUUAUGUACAGCUCUGAUUCUGUAAUACUAAUAUUUAUUUACUUUGUUUCAUAAAUUGUAAAUUUUUUUCUUAAUGUUGUGGAUUGCUUUUCUAUGUGAAGCAUGGGAUUUACUGUUGCGUAAUUAGAACAAAAUGUAUAUUGUAAAACAAGAUAUUUAAACUAGAGUAUCUUAUCUUAUUCUGCACUUAUGCAUUAGUUAAAAAAAAAAGAUAAAGGAUGUAUCAGUCAGUUCUUAACUCUUGUAAUUUUUUUUUUGUCUCUUGUUUGCUGGAUUGACUAUAACUUAAGUGCUGAUUGUGAUUUUAAACUGAUAGUACCGUAAAGCAUUAAAGUAAAACAAUGUGCUAUUGUGAGUUUUUUCAAAGCUUUAUAAAACAGUUAUAAAUAUAUUAAAAGUAUUUGGUCUUAUGUGAACAUGUUGAUCUAGAUACUCCUUUAAAAAGCUAUGGGAAAACAUUCCACCCCAUGUAGAUAUGUACAAGUGCAUCACUGGUGCUGGCUGCGUAACUCACCUGCACACGCCUGGUCAGCCGUGCCAUGCAGGCGCUGAGUGGGGGCACCACUGGCUCCAAGGCAGGCAGGCCAUCAGGCCACGGCUUCACCUGCUCCUCCCUUUCCAGAAACAGGGUGGCAAGGCCCCUAUGGCCGCAUGGGGCUUGGUGAGGAGCUGGACAAGCGGCACCACACUGAGCCCCAGCAGUCCCCAGCUUGCGAGCAUCCACAGCACCUCUGCCCAAGCUGAGUGUGGAGCUUAGGUGUCACGCAGAGGUGCCCCGGAGUGUGAGCAAGGGACUUGGAGGGGGAAAAAUGACAUUUCCUCACACCUGAACACCAGCAGCUGGUCACUCCCCACUGCGACACCUGAGUCAGCUGUAGGGGAGGCUCCCCGUCCUGCAGAUGGAGGAGCAUGAUGGCCCUUCCAGCUAAGCAGACAGCACCACCACCCUGGCAUCUUCAAGGAGCAGGAUUCAUGGGCAAGGAAGUCACAGUCUUCCAGAGCAGGGUCUCCAUCUGUGCGAGGUUUGAUCCAGAAGAAAGUCAAUAGGAGCCCGGGCUUGUGUUUGAACAUCUGUGGUGGGUUAUCACUACCACCAGCAGCAUGCGUGCAUGUGCGCACACACUCUCACACACACACACACACUCACACACACACUCACACACAGACAUACACAUGAAAGAAACCAACAACCUGGAUUAUAUUUUGUGCUAUUUAGUGGAUUAUAAUUCUGUGAAACCAAGUUUGUAUAUUGACUUACAAUACAUUUAAGGAGUGUUCUUUAAAAAGAAAUAAAUAUACAGUUACAUGCA